CUUGGAAGCUGUCAGGUGCCAUAGCAACCAGAGUAGACAUCAGUCGAAAACAUGGCCAAAGCAACGAGUGUGAAAGAAGCAUUGAACAAAUGGGAAGAAAAGUCAGGACAGAAAGCGGCUGAAGCCACAGAGAUAAAACUGUAUGCUCAGGUGCCACCUAUAGAGAAGAUGGAUGCUUCUCUCAGCACACUCGGCAAUUGCGAGAAGCUAUCGUUGUCCACAAACUGCAUUGAAAAAAUAACUCAUCUAAGUGGCCUCAAGAACUUGAAGAUAUUGUCAUUAGGCAGAAAUAAUAUAAAGGUGCUUAAUGGGUUGGAAGCGGUAGCGGACACACUGGAGGAGCUGUGGAUUUCUUAUAAUCUGAUAGAAAAACUGAGGGGAAUCCAGCUCAUGAAGAAAAUAAAAGUGCUCUACAUGUCCAACAACCUUGUCAAAGAUUGGAGCGAGUUUGCGAAGCUUGCUGACCUUCCAUGCCUCAUAGACCUGGUUUUUGUUGGAAAUCCUCUGCAGGAGAAGCAUUCUGUUGAAGGAAACUGGAUGGAUGAAGCCAGUAAAAGACUUCCUAAUGUGAAGAAAGUAGAUGGAAUGCUUGUCAUCAAACCAAUGGAGAAGGAAUGAGAUGGAAAGAACUGAAAUUUGAUAAAUGUCCAAAAACGCCAACUCACCUCUGAGAAUCUUUUCUUUUUAAGUUUUGCAUGGCUCGUUAUCGUGCUAUUAUUUGUACCAGAAAAUCUUGCAAUCAAGCACAAUAACUACAGAUGUUGUAGGUUUUGGGACCAUAACACAUUUUGUUGAGAUUUUACAAGUUUACCUACAUGAUAAGCACAUUACUAAUACAGAUUGUUAGUUUGUUUGUCCAAUCAGUAAGGAAACUAAGGCUUGGUUAUUGAACACUUGCAGUGGUGGUACCAUUUGUUUGACACAGACUUCAGUGUCGUUCACGUCACAUUGUCCUCUGUUUUCCACAAGAACUAAAGCACAGCAGCACACUAACAACAGAUCUGAGAACCAAGUGGACCAAAUACUGAGCUGAUAGGCUGGCUGUAAACACCUACGUUCGCUCCAUCACAUCACCAUGGCAAGGGGUGGAAAUAAUUUGAAUAUAUAUAUAUAUAUGAAGAUGUGUCAACCGGAAAUAAGCAGAAUCUUUAUUUCCACUCCGUUCCAUGGUGAUAUGAUGGAGUGAACUCAGGCGUUUACAGCCAGACUAUCGCCAGGAGGCUGCGGCGCUCACUUAGUUGGCCUGUGCCUCACGCAAGGUCUACCUAUGUCUUGUGUUGUUUUUUGUUUUUUUUCUUUGUCCUCUUUGCUGUAUUGGAAUGAAAUUUCAAAGGGUCUUGAAUCUUGAAUGACUCCAGUUAUCUAGACCUCUGAGAGAAAUAAACAUCUUAACUUCUCAACUGAUUUAUGAAUGAAUUAAAUGUUUUCCAAGUGGUCUCAGCCGUUACAGUGCAGCAUGCUGUUUAAUUUGCCUUCAGGUUGUCAGUCCAUCACAUGGUUGACGUACUCAAAAAAACAUCCACUCAUACACCACACUAACAGACAGUUUCAUCAUGAAUCUGACUGUCAUUGUGAGAGUAAGCACAGAGCAGACUUUGAAAAACUAUUGCAGAAAUGAGGACAAACAGCUGGUCGAGCUAAGGUCUAAGGCAGAAAUUAAUCUCUUUGAAAAUAUUUAGAAAGUUGUGAGAAAUCCUUGACAGUGGUCUCAAACUUAAAUCUGUUUCUCAUUCCCGAUUUUAGACAAGUUCAUACUUAUGUAAUGAGAUAGCCAUCAUCACUUUUGGAAAACAGCGAGACCUGCUUUUGGAAAUUCAUGCAUCAGCUGUGGAGAUCCAUCAGAAUACCAAGUUCCUUGGACAACCUCAUGUAGACCCUGAACACUU